AUGGGUAUGUCCCAAAAAGGUCUCAUGGAGCACAUGAAGGUUGAGUACGGUCUGAACCAAACGGCCAAACCUUGGAAGGUAAAGCUGAAAGCCUGGGGAUUCAAGCGCAACCUGACUGUCAAGGACGCUGCUCAUAUCUUAAGGUGUCUUGACGAAGCACCAUCACUUGGGUAUCGGAAUGCGGUGUUGUUCACUGGGAAGGUCAUCUACAGGAAUACGAUCACGAAAUACAUUCAGAGAACUAAAGGCGUAUCUAACGAAAGUGACCUGUUAUCAAGAAUAACAUCAGAGGAACCGACGCCAAAGUACAUCAAAUAUUUACCUCUGGAACAGUCGCCUCCUUCGAGUGGCUCGACAGGCAUCCUGAACCCUCCCACUGGCUCUGCAGAGACAUCCCCUACAAUCAAACCACUGCCAUCCCCCGUAAGCACACCUGAGUCAUCCCAACCAUCCCCGAGAAAUUCAGAGAUUCAACCCGACGAGGUGCCCAAUUUUCAGAACUACUUGUAUCCAAGUCAAUCUCAGGACACAGUAUAUUCCCACAACCUAGAUGGAAACCUCGCACCACAGGGCGAGGACCAAGCAAUGACAGACUUGGUUGAGUCUUUCUGGCCAGAUAGGCAACCUCACACAGUUGCUGAGACACCAACCACUCAACAACUCUUUCCAAGGCUUCCUCUAGACAUAACACUUGCUGCGCUGUCACCAGAUCCCAUUGACCUGACAAGCCUCGGGGUCGUUCCUACUGAUGGACGGUAUAGCUUGGGAUUCGACAGUUUUGUCCUUGGAGAUCAUUCGAAGUGCUCCGCGGUGAACAACGGUCAUGACCUUGCGGCAUUAUUCGUGAGAAAUUGUCUAUAUUGGUGCUGUUGCGUGGGACAGGACAAUCCUCAAUACCUGGAGUGUGCAUUUUACCAUCUCCAAACUGCAAGAUUCUAUUAUCUCUGCAUGCUCCGAGAUGCAAAGUCGCCAGGAGAAUCUUGUCUCGCCGCUCUGAGUGUGAUGACGACAUUGUUCGAGUCUUUUGGCCAUACGCAAAGGCUUCUUGAACUCUUGACAGUGUGCGAUCAGGACACCGAGGCGCACUUUGGGACUGAUAACCCUUUGACAAGAACCAUAGCUUUCAAGACAAACUUGCUCCAAAGUCGUGUUCGAGGGGAACACCCCCAGCACAACCUGGAUCAGUUGAAGGCAAUUCAUAAAGAUAUCAGGGACAGGUACCCCAACAGCCGCGGACCAGCAUUGACGGCGGAGUAUAAUUGGGCUUGGGCAAUGCUAGAGAUGGGUCAUUGCCACGAUGCCCGGCGGCAAUUGGACGCGAUCACUGUCAAAAGCGAGGCUCAUUUUGGAGAGGAUCAUAUCCAGACCAUUAUGGCUACGGCCACACUAGCUCGUGCGACACUGAAGUGCGAUGAUCCCAUGACAGCAAUGGAGAUUGUCGUUGAAAAGGUCGUCCCCAGUGUCGGUCGGAAUUUCGACAGAAAUCAUCCCUAUACAUGGGAGGCAAAUCAUCGCCAUGCUUACUUCCUGCAAAUGUUGGCGAAGGACGCAGAUAAGAAGUCUCGUCGCGAGUACCUUUGGACUGCUGAAGAGCUAUUGCGCGAAGUGGUCAUACAAAGACGUCGAGUAUUGGGAGAUUCCAGUCCGAAAUCUGUGCACUCUUUCGUUUUACUCAAAGAUAUCUUGUUGAUGCAAGGCAAGUCUCAAGAUGCAGAGGAUCUGUGGGCAUGGUGUGAGCAUAAGUUGUCUUGUCUUGAGAAAGCAAAUUUCGCCAUCAGCUGA